AUGCUUAAUAUUUCAGAAUUACCACAUGAAAUUAUAGUUGAAAUCUUUUUUAUGUUGACUCCAUUGGAGACUCAGUCAUUGAUUAGCAAACUUCAUCAAAUACUUGAUAACCUUCCACCUAAUUUGGAUACUGCAGCAAAUAAUGUAAAACUAUUGAUCCGUUUUGCAUUUCAAAGACUCUAUAGUGGUAAAUUAUUGGUAACUUCUGAUUAUUGUUGUAAGAAGGGACUCGAAACGGUGCCUGAUGCUGUUCUAUCGCUCCGCAAUUUUGAAGAGAAGUUUCUUGAAAGUAAGGAGAACGAAAUAGAGAACACACUUUUCAAGGAAACACGACCACAGAUUCUAAAAUUUAGAUUCAUUCGAGAUGUCAAUGAUUAUAGUAAUUUUGUUGAUGACUUGUAUUCGUUAAAUUCUAUCUUUGAUAACUUGAAUGACAGAAAUGAAAUUACGAAGUAUAUUGGUGUUGCAUGCCAAUUAGAACUAUAUAUUGAUGGAUACACAAUAGGUGUCGAAUCACCAACAGCUAUAUUGAUAGCAGUAUUGAAAACUUUGAUAAGCCUAGCAAAUCCAGAUACAGCGUUGAAAAAUUCGUUAAGCAGCAAAUUCAAGAGUAUUACAAUCAAGUCUACGGAUAUUGGAGAUUACUAUGUUUCUCGGUGGAGCCAAUUACUAGGAUGCUUUACGAAUGUCACUUACUUGAACCUAUCCGAUAACAUAAUAAAACUGGAUUCUAAUCCCAGGAAUGAAGGAGAGCUGGAUAUCAAGGUUGAUUUAUUGGCAAACGAUUUUGUAUGGCCUCCUGCCUUGAAAGAGUUGAAUUUAGACAACAACUUGUUGACCUAUAUUUCAAAAAAGUUUAUGCUCAAAUUACCUUCAAAUACAUUAGAAAAGUUGCUGAUAUGUUCGAAUAAGUUUACAACUUUGGGCCAGACUGAUUUCGAAUCUUUUAACUUUACCGAAGUAUUGCCUCAGUUAACUUCUUUGAAAUUGAAUUACAAUAAUACCCUAAUGCUUGUAAAUGAACGUAUGUUCUACAAAAUUUCUCUGACAGGCAAAUUUAGGUCGCUAGAAUUACGGGGAUGUAAUAUCGAUGAACAUAACAUGCUACUGUUGAAGGCAGUUUCCAUAAGAGAGAAUUUUAGUUUGUUAAGUUAG